UUCGGGUCUGAGAAGGAAUUCGAAUUUUGGUUGGUAGAGAGAGAGAUAGUUAGAGAGAGAAAACACAAUUGUGAAGAGAUGUCUGCUGCUUCUCUCUCUACAACGGGGCAUUAUCUGCAACCCCAAGUAAGCAGAUUUCAAGGUUUGAAGAGUAAGAGAGCAUCUUUAUGUCCUAAUCUCGUGACUUCACCAAGGAGAUUUACUGUUAGGGCAUCUGCACGUGUUGACAAAUUCUCAAAAAGUGAUAUUAUUGUUUCUCCUUCAAUUCUGUCUGCUAAUUUUUCAAAGUUGGGAGAGCAGGUUAAAGCUGUGGAGUUGGCAGGAUGCGAUUGGAUUCAUGUCGAUGUCAUGGAUGGACGUUUUGUACCUAAUAUUACUAUUGGACCCCUUGUAGUAGACGCAUUGCGUCCUGUGACUGAUUUGCCACUGGAUGUCCACUUGAUGAUCGUUGAGCCUGAUCAACGUGUUCCAGACUUCAUAAAGGCUGGGGCAGAUAUCGUGAGUGUCCAUUGUGAGCAAUCAUCCACUAUUCAUUUGCAUCGGACAGUUAAUCAGGUUAAAAGUCUUGGAGCGAAAGUUGGAGUAGUCCUGAACCCUGCAACUCCCUUAACUGCUAUAGAAUAUGUUCUUGAUGUGGUAGACUUGGUGUUAAUCAUGUCAGUAAAUCCCGGUUUCGGUGGACAGAGCUUUAUUGAGAGUCAAGUAAAGAAAAUUUCAGACUUGAGACGAUUAUGUGCAGAGAAGGGUGUAAAUCCAUGGAUUGAAGUUGAUGGUGGAGUCGGUCCAUCAAAUGCCUACAAGGUCAUUGAGGCUGGAGCAAAUGCCUUGGUGGCAGGUUCUGCUGUAUUUGGUGCCAAAGAUUAUGCUGCAGCUAUUAAAGGCAUCAAGACAAGUAAGAGGCCAGUGGCUGUCCCAGCAUGAACUAUGAAGAGUUUGUAUGUAUUGGUUAUGUCGCAUAAUUCAUUCCCAGUGCAGAUCCAAAUCUUAUGAGAUCAGUUGGGACCUGAAGGGAUGAGCUAUUUGCAUUAGUUUACAGAAGUUCUUACUCCAAUAAUUAUUUAAAUAAUAAGAUCUGAAGAUAUCUUUUUGUAAAUGAUUUGUAUCAUUUUACCAUAAAGAUAUUAAUCAAGCCUUGAUGGUUUUGUUUGGUUAAGUGUCUUAGUUUUUCUCCUCUAUUUUGUUCCACCCAUAUGGAAUUCGAUCUGUGUGAUUCUUCACAUGAAUGGCAAUUUUAGUGGUUGUUCAGAUUAAA